ACCAACUUUUUUUAGGGGGGGGGGGGUAGUAGCCUACAACACAAAAUAGCUUACUAAGAGCUGUGAACAUGGCUGCAGUUACAACCAACGGUACCGAACAAGACUCCACACCGGCAAACGAGCAAAAUGGAACAUUGGCCAAGGGAGAGAACAGGAAUAAUAAGCAGGGCCCUGCAGACUCGAAACAGGAACCGGGUGACAACGAGGACGAAACAGAAAUGGACGUGAGCAACGGAGACAGCAAAGAGGAGAAGCCUUCAGUCGCACCAGAAGUCGCGAAAGAAUCGGUUUUACCCACGGAAAAUGGCAACAAAGAAGACGAACCGGCCUGUGAACUGUCUGAACCGGUUAAAAGUCCCGUGGAGGGAAUCCCUCCGAGUAGCACCGAAACCGGGGAGAGCACCGUGGAGCUGAAUCAAGAACAAAGAGAGGAGAGCGUGUCCUCGCCUCCUAGCUCCGACAAGACCAAAAGCGAGGAAUCCACGGAGAAAACCGACCACGGUAUCAAAAGACGGGCCAGUGUGGAGAUAUCCUCCUCGGAUGGAGAACCUCUCAGUCGAAUGGAUUCGGAAGACAGUAUCAGCAGUACUCUGAUGGACAUGGAGAGCACAGCGUCCAGCGGGCGCUCCACACCUGCCAUGAUGAACGGGCACGGCCCAGGCACCGCCACCCCGUCGGUGGGUAAGGGCGUGGCAUACACCUGCUGCUGGGACCAGUGCCAGCUCCUCUUUACCACCAGCCCAGACCUGGCUGAGCACAUCAGGGGCGUGCACGUGGACGGACAACGGGGAGGGGUUUUUGUGUGCCUGUGGAAAGGCUGCAAGGUGUACAACACCCCGUCGACCAGUCAGAGCUGGCUCCAGAGACACAUGGUCUCACACAGCGGAGACAAACCAUUCAAGUGUGUGGUGGGGGGCUGCAAUGCCACGUUUGCCUCCCAGGGGGGGCUAGCGCGCCACGUACCCACCCACUUCAGCUCCCAGAACUCCAACAAGCUGGCCAAUCAGGGCAAGAUGAAGGAGGAUUCACCUUCAAAGGCGGGGCUUAACAAGAGGCGGAAACUCAAGAACAAACGCAGGCGGUCUUUACUGUGUUCUGUCCCUCCAGCACGACCUCACGACUUCUUUGAUGCCCAGACCAUGGAUGCUAUCCGACACCGGGCCAUCUGCCUCAACCUGGCGACACAUAUAGAGAGCCUGGGCAACGGACACAGUGUGGUGUUUCACAGCACGGUAAUAGCGAGGAGGAAGGAAGAUUCUGGGAAGGUUAAAGUCCUCCUCCACUGGACUCCCGAGGACAUACUACCUGAUGUGUGGGUGAAUGAGAGUGACCGGCCACAGCAGAAGACCAAGGUGGUCCACCUCUCCCAGCUGCCCCAGGAGACACACGUACUGCUGGACCCCAACAUAUACAGAGGACCUGAGCCCUAGGACCAUGCCUCAGGACUACCUGACAUGAAGACUCCUUGAUGUCCCCAGUCCACCUGUCCGUGCUGCUGCUCCAGUUUCAACGGUUCUGCCUUAUUAUUAUUGGACCAUGCUGGUCAUUUAUGAACAUUUGAACAUCUUGGCCAUGUUCUGUUAUAAUCUCCACCCGGCACAGCCAGAAGAGGACUGGCCACCCCACAUAGCCUGGUUCCUCUCUAGGUUUCUUCCUAGGUUUUGGCCUUUCUAGGGAGUUUUUCCUAGCCACCGUGCUUCUACACCUGCAUUGCUUGCUGUUUGGGGUUUUAGGCUGGGUUUCUGUACAGCACUUUGAGAUAUCAGCUAUAUAAAUACAUUUGAAUUUAAUUGAAAAUUGAAUUCCCCUAACAUUAACCCUUUUAGUUAACCCUUCCCCUAAUCCUAACCCUAAUCUUAACCUUUUAACCUAACUCCAAAAUGUUACCUUAACCCCUAGCCUACCUAACGUUAGCCACCUAGCUAGAAUUCUUAACAUAAUCAUACGUUUUGCAAAUCGUGAAAUAAACUAUGUUUAGCAAAUUCAUAACAUAAUACGGAUUAUAGUUCGUAACAUAUCAUACGAAAUGGGUCAUGGACAUCCAGAAAUUAAUACAUACCAUAACAUAUCAUACUAAGGGCAUCUUGGAUUUACAUACAGAAUCAUUUGAAAUGCUGUGAGACCAGGUUGCACCCCAAAAAAAAUCUGAGGGACACAAUAGGUCACCAGUAUUCAAAAAGAAUCUCAGAGUAAGUUUGCUGAUCUAGGAUCAGAUCACCCCGCUCCAAAUCAUCUUAUUAAUUACGAUCUAAAAUGAAAAAAACAAUCCUAGAUCAGCAUGCCUUGUUUUUGAGUAGUGUUGACUCUAGAGUCACAUUAACAUGAAAUCGCCGUUUAAAUUGGCCAGCUCUAGGGUCAGCCAAUCACAACUGUGAUCACUUCUCAUUAGCUCAAACAUAGAUUAAUGAGGACAUCACCUAAUUAAUUGGAGAUCUGCCAGCUCCAUGUGAAACUGAAUCUGCCUAAAAUUGCGAAAUAUAGAAUAUAUCCGCACCCCAGAAAUCAAACUGCCAAUAAGUACUGCCAAUUACAGGUUGUGUGAGGUGUCCAUGUUUGGUUAUUGUCAUGAGAAGCCAUUGAGAUGCUUGGUCAAAACAUUGUAUGACAAAUGUCUCUCCAGACCCUUAUGGUAGGUGUCCACAAGUGGCACCUCAGCUGAGAUGAUAUGGGGUGUUUUUGACUUCAUAGAAUGUCUGUCUGUUUAGGCUCAGGGGCAUGUUGAAAUUCCAAUUCAAUACAUGGAAUUCAACACUCUUUAGUUAUUGAAUUUUCAAUUAAUUUCCUGAAUUGACAAUAGAACUCCACUUGAAUGGUUUUACAUUUGAGUCAUUUAGCAGACACUCUUAUCCAAAGCAACUUACAGUAGUGAGUGCCUACAUCUUCCAACUGAUCCCCCAUGGAAAUCAAACGAACAAUCCUGGCAUUUCAAGCACCAUGCUCUACCAACUGAGCCACAUUGUAAAGUGAGUGUGUUUGUCUGUUUGUAUCAGGCCCUUUAGCAGCCAGAUCUGUGUCUGCAGCUGACAUCUCAGUCCCAGUCCCAUUCCCAGACGUCUCCCUGUGGACAAGACCAUUAACGGCCUGAGGGAAUGUCUGUAGUGUUUCUAUCUGUCCCAAACCGUCAAUCUUCAUGUCAACUGAUAAUGACAUCACCAGAGCUAGACAACCCUGACAUUUCUGGACCUUCUCUUACUGAUCAUGGCUGGGGCUGGGACUGACUGUGGAAAAAACACCCUGGCUGGCUGUUGAUGGGAAAGGAACGGAAACGUUGAACAUGUCCUCUGUUCAGCGGAAAUGGGACCAGUUUUCUUCCAAAAUUUCUCAAGACACAUUGAGACAAUCGUACUGGACUGAAACUCCUUUAUAACUACAAUUUGCUACUUAUUUGGACAACAUACAGCACAUCUAUCUUGGCUGUUUGCUGUGAUUCCCACAUCAGGACGUUUGCUCAGGUAUUCACUCUUAUAUUCUCAAAGUAAAAAACAACACAAGUUUAUACUUUCCUAAAGGGUGAAAUUGUCACGCCACCUCCCGCUCCCCCCCCUGGCACUCAAGGGUGCCAGACUUCCCUGCAUUAUGCACUUCUGCCACCAUCAUUACGCACACCUGCCUUCCCCCGUCACACGCAUCAGCCAUUAUUGGACUCACCUGGACUCGAUCACCUCUGUCAUUACCUCCCCUAUAUCUGUCUGCACCCGUGUGCUGACGCUCUUCCUGUCUUAUUUCAUGUCUGUUCCUGAUUAAAUGUUUGACUCCCCAUACCUGCUUCUCUACUCCAGAGUUGGUCCUUACAGAAAUGGCAUACUGAGCGUUGAAACGACAAUCUCUUCUUCAUUCAGUCAAAUAUUGUUAUUCCUUAUCAUAUUCUAUUUGAUAUUGCAUGGAUGAAAGACCCAUAUAUCUGAUGUUAGGAUAUUUUGCUGUGUUGCCCUUUUGUCAUAUGCUGUUUUGUUAUGUAACUUGGAUCUGAACUUGAUGUAAUCCCUCCACAGAAGUGGCAACUUUAAAAGUAAUAUAAAUCUAUCUAGUGCCCUCUGAUAGUCAACAUGCAGUGGUUCCUAACCUGCCAUUAGAGAGAGCGAUAAUCUUCAUAAAUCCUCUUAGCUAAAGAUCAAGAAAAUAACAAUAGGUACAUAUCCUUACAUGUCCUUUUGACCUCUGCUUUCUCUGUCCCAAAGUAUUCUGGGAUAAGGUUUUCAAACGCAACAAAUCCAACAGCCGACAUUCCAUCUCAUUCUGUGUCAGUAAGCUUAGCAUUUAGCCUUUUGGGCAUAAAA